AUGGCUUGCGAAGCAGGUAAUGAACAGCUUACUCUAAUACUGCUCAAAGAUAUGAAAGCUAACCCAGCCAUCCAAAAUUAUGCAGAAGAUACCCCUUACGGUGUGUCGCGUGGUCGUACAGGUAUCAUCAUGGCACUUUUAGCUUAUGGUGCUUCUCCAGAAAUCUAUGAUGAAUCAGAAGAUGAAGACUAUGAUGAAUCAGAAGAUUUCCAAAUUUACGGGUUUAUGGAUCUUCAUAUCAAUGGAGUUGUGAAUGCUACUGCUUAG